AUGUUUGGAGGAGGGAAGUUGUGCAAAAUUAUUUUAAAAAACAACCACCUCAGGCUUUUACUUUUGUCGAGAAAUCUGUGUGGUGUUAAAGGCCGCACUCCAAGAAGAUCAUUUCUUUACAUCCCAGGGAACGAGGAACGAAAAGUAUCAAAAGCGACAGGUUUGAAUUCUGACUGUGUGGUGUUGGACUGCGAGGAUGGAGUGGCCUCCAACAAAAAGGGAGAAGCAAGGAAUACCAUUCACAACAUCCUUGGUCAACUGAACUUUGGUUCCAGUGAAGUUUGUGUUCGUAUUAAUUCCAUUGAGAGUGGUUUGGCAGAAGAUGAUUUGAAAGCAGCAUUGACAGCAAAGGAACUGCCUGACUCUAUUGUGGUACCAAAAGUAGACUCUGUGCAGCAUUUAGAUUGGUUAAGUAACCAAGUAUCCUCCAUUAUGAAGUCAAGUGCAGAAAAAAAGCUUGGGCUCAUCACUCAAGUUGAAAGUGCACUUAGUCUUCUAAAUCUUCAUGCUGUCUGUGAACAUGGCACAUCAACUGACAGACCAUUCAGAUUUGAGGCUCUCGUCUUUGGAUCAGAUGACUUUCUUGUCAGCAUAGGAGCUACUCGAACAAAAGAUGCAAAGGAAUUGUUACAUGCCCGUCAGAGUGUUGUUGUUCAUGCAAAGGCGUUUGGUCUACAAGCUAUUGAUAUGGUCUACAUUAAUUUCAAAGACCCUGAGGGUUUACAGGCACAAGCAGAGGAGGGUGCCAGGUUUGGUUAUACUGGUAAACAGAUAAUACACCCAGGACAGAUAGAAAUUGUGAACAAGUCAUUUUCACCGAGUGAGGAGAAGGUGAAGUGGGCGACAGACCUUGUAAAUGCUUUUGAAGAACAAGAAAGAGUUGGAAAGGGUGCCAUUAAUUUCCAUGGUAACAUGAUUGACAUGCCAACAGUACAGCAAGCCAGGAAUGUUCUUCGAUUGGCAGAAGCUACUCAGGAAAAGUAAAAAGCAAAGAGCAGCUUUUAUGCCAGACUUGAUGUAAGGUCAUAGUCAAGGAGAUUCCCAGACCAGCACAUGACCAACCUUAUUGUCAAGAUAAAGUGGUAAUUUCUGAAAAUGUAAUGACUUGACCUGCCUCAGAAAUUACUUUAUAUUAUUCUGGCAGAUCAACUGUAUACUGAAGUAUUACACUAAAGCUUAGAACACUCAAGUGAACCUCAAAUCCAGACUAUUUACUGUUACCAUUGCCCUUGGCAGUUUUGAUAUCUCACACUAAUUACAUUCCAGUUCAUCAUGUGUAGCCUACAUGGUUAAAUCUAACACUUGCUACAUAGGCUUUAUUGUAUCAUGCAUAAAGACGGUAUUACUAAGAAUUAUAUUAAUUACAGAGCAUUAAGUGAGCAACAGUAUGAAUAUUGAGAUUCAAACUAAAAGUACAUUCAUUACAGAAAUAUCAAUUUUAGAGUAAUAAUAGUAUUUUAGAGUAAUGAAAACUUAAAUAAAUGUAAAAACUUAAUG